UCAGAAUUGCCAGACAAUCAGUAACCCAAGUGGUGCUUGAUAUCGAGACUUUGGAGGAAACAGAGAGGUGAAAAUAUGGGACCGUGCAGGAAGAGAAAAGCUUUCACGGAGGAGAAGGACGCUGUUUUUCUGAGGAGGAAGAUCACCCUUACUCGGGCCAUUGCGUUGGCUGUAGGCUCCAUGGUGGGCAGUGGGAUCUUCAUUUCUCCUAAAGGGGUAUUGCAAAACUCAGGCAAUGUAGGGGUCUCAUUACUUGUAUGGCUCGCUUGUGGGAUUCUGUCUCUGUUUGGUGCUCUGUCCUAUGCAGAUCUCGGAACAUGUAUUACAAAGUCAGGUGGGCAUUAUAUUUAUCUUUUGGAGACUCUAGGACCAUUGCCGGCUUUCCUCCGAUUGUGGGCUGAAUUUAUUAUGAUACGCCCUGCAAAUAUAGCUGUGGUGUCUUUGGCAUUUGGUCGAUACCUCAUUGAGCCUUUCUUUGCUUCUUGCCAUGUCCCUCCACUGGCUGUGAAAUUGGUCACAAUGGCGGGAAUUACCUUAGCAAUAGUCCUGAACUGCUGGAGUGUGAGUUGGGCUGCCAAAGUACAAACAGGACUCACUGUUCUGAAGAUGGUCACCGUGGGUCUAAUUAUUGUUCCUGGGAUCUUGGCUCUUGGAAAUGGUCAUCAUGAAAAUUUCCAGGAUAGUUUUGACACAAGUUCCUUAACACUUGAAAAGUUGCCUCUUGCUUUUUAUUCUGGGAUGUUUGCUUAUGGAGGAUGGUUCUAUAUAAACUUUGUAACUGAAGAAAUUGUAAAUCCUAAAAAGAACAUUCCUCGGGCAGUAAUCGUUUCCUUAAUUGUUGUUACAGUCUGUUACGUCCUUACUAAUGUAUCUUACUAUGCUGUCUUGACACCGCAAGAAAUCCUCAGUUCAGAUGCAGUAGCUGUGAGUUUCACUGAUAAAGUUUUCAAGAACAUUUCUUCUGCAAUUCUAAUCCUUGUAGCUCUCUCAUGUUUUGGUGCUUUGAAUGGAGGAAUAUUUGCUGCAUCCAGGAUGCUGUUUGCAGCUGCGCGAGAAGGACAGUGGCCAGCUCUCUUUUCAAUGAUACACCUGGAAAGACACACUCCUGUCCCAGCUUUGAUAUUAAUGUUACCUUUGGUUUACUUGAUGGUGUCCAUUGGUGAUCUUUAUGGACUUUUGAACUUCUAUAGCUUCUCUCGCUGGUUCUUCAUAGGACUUACCACACUGGGAUUCAUGAUACAUUGCUUUCGACAUCCAACAAUACCAAGACCUUUUAAGGUGCCUCUGUUCUUCCCACUGGUAUUCACAAUAGCCUGUUUCUUCAUUGUGGGGACAUCACUAUAUUCAGAUCCUGUGAACACCAGUAUUGGAUGUGCUUUAACUUUAUCUGGCUUACCCGUCUACUAUCUGGUGGUUCAGAAAACUAGAAUACCAGGCUGUUGUACAUCAAAGUUCAGUAAGUAUAGCCAGGAAUAUUAUAUUGGGGAGAUACCAGGUCAUAUGCUCACUACUCUGGCUACUUCAUUGCAUAGCUUUUACCUCUCUGCUCCAUACCAUUCUGUCCAUGUGUUUCUUUGCACCCUACUUUGCCACUACUUGGGCAGUAUAAGAAAAGGGCAUAGGGUCAGGUUAACCUACAGAACAGGCUUCAUCCUAUCUCAUCAGCCAGUCUCAAUCCAUCAGGAAGGGAAAGUAUGCUACUGACCCCAUCAAUCAAAUAUUUUUGACUGGCGGGGUCUCGGAAAAGAGCAGUUGUGGGUUUCUAUUUUUUUUACUAUCGGUUCGCUGAGCAUGGCAGGAGAAGGAUACUGUAAAAUCUCCAUUCCCUCCCCACUCCAGGAGAAGGAUACUGCAAAAUCCCCAUUUCCUCCCAAUCAGCUGGGACUUGGGAGGCAGAGAAUAGAUGAGGGUGGGGCCAGUCAGAAUUUUUACUAUUGGUUGUCUGAACUACUCAAAAUUUCCGCUACCAGUUCUCCAGAACUGGUCAGAACCUGCUGAAACCCACCUCUGGAAGAGAGCUUUCUCUGCUGCUGCCCCCACAUUGUGGAACAUCCUGCCCCCCGAGGUGAGGAAAGUCCCCAAUCUCUUGGUCUUCCGCAAAGGGAUCAGAUCUUGGCUCUGAAUCCUUAUGGGGGAGGGGCACAGAGGACUAUUCAACUGUGUGGCCUACAUGAGAGCGCCCCUCCCCCCUUGUAAUAACCGAUGUUAAAUCUUAGGAUAUUUACAUUUGGUGUUUGUCAUUAAUAUAUAAUUAUAUAAAUUUUAAUCCUAAAUUGUUAAACAUUAAAUUGUAAGGUUAAUUUUUAUACAUUGUUUUAUUGAUCAUUUAUAUUCACAGCAAAGAACCCCCCUUUAAGUGAGAUGGGCAGUUUAGAAAAAUGAAUUAUAAAUAAAUAAAUAAAUAAAUAUGUGAAACAGCAAAAGCCAGCAGAAAUAGAUAUCCUAAAGCUAUAUUGCUUAACAUGUUAACAUCUUUGGGGAAAUGGGCCCCUCUUUGCCCCUUCUCAGACUUUCAAAUAUUUACCUUAUUUGCCCAUCAUUCCACCAGUAGCAAAAUGAGCAAUAGAUGUAGCAAUAACCCAUCCACCCCAAGACAGACCAGUUAGUUGUGAAGCUAAGCAAAGUUUCACUAGUCUUUGUUACCUAAAGAUCAUAUAUGAUCUUAAGCUGAGGUGGCGCAGUGGUUAGAGUGCAGUACUGCGGGCUACUUCAGCUGACUGCUAGCUGCAGUUCAGCAGAUCAAAUCUCACCUGCUCAAGGCUGACUCAGCCUUCCAUCCUUCCGAUGUGGGUAAAAUGAGGACCCAGAUUGUUGGGGGCAAUAUGCUAACUGUGUAAACCACUUAGAGAGGGCUGUGAAGCACUAUGAAAUGGUAUAUAAGUCUAAGUGCUAUUGCUAUAUAGACCAGCGGUGGGGAACAAUGGCUCCUUUAUGACUUGUGGACUUCCAACUCCCAGAAUUCCUGAGGUAGCAUGAUUGGCUCAGGAAUUCUGGGAGUUGAAAUCUACAAGUCAUAAAAGAGCCAUCAUUCCCCACCUGAUAUAGACCAACAAACAGAGAUCAUCCAGGGUAAAAAAGGAGACCCCAGCUUAGUCGGAAAUUACAGACCGAUCUCUUUGUGCUUCGUCACCUGCAAAGUCAUGGAAUCAAUCAUCAACCAAUCCAUUACCUCACACUUAGAAACUAACAACCUACUCUCCAAUAAACAAUUUGGUUUCCAGAAAAAAUUAUCAUGUAACUUACAACUACUCCACUGUAAAAACAUAUGGACUACAAAUCUUGAUCAAGGCAAAACAAUAGAUGCAAUCUACAUAGACUUCUGCAAAGCUUUUGACUCAGUAGUACACGAUAAACUUCUCCUAAAACUAAAAUCCUAUGGCAUCUCAGGACCCCCUCACAAAUGGAUAUCGGCUUUUCUGUCUAACAGACAACAAGUGGUCAAAAUUGGCAAUGCUUUAUCAAAUCCUGUUUCUGUCAAGAGUGGCGUCCCUCAAGGCAGCGUCCUUGGAUCAACACUCUUUAUACUAUACAUUAAUGAUCUUUGUGACCAUAUCUCAAGUAAUUGUGUUCUGUUUGCUGAUGAUGUCAAACUAUUUAACACCACAGACAAUACAUCUAUCAUUCAAAAAGACCUUGAUCAUCUAACCGCUUGGUCUAAAACUUGGCAACUCCAAAUUUCAACCAGCAAAUGCUCAGUCUUACAUAUAGGAAAAAAGAACCCAAACACUAAGUACAUACUAGAUGGACAUUACCUUACAGAUGACCCCAUUCCCGUUAAAGACCUUGGAGUUUUCAUGUCAAAUGAUCUA